AGAACUAGUGGCGAGAGAAAUUUAGAUGAAUUAUUAAAAGAAAUUCUACGGCUUAAUCAUGAUAGGCCCAACAUUUGCGAUUUGGUAAAUGAAGGAAUUCUGAGAGCUCAAGUAAUCAAGGUUACGAAAGCUUUUGAAAAUGAUUCGAAAGUUUUCCCGCAAGGGAAUAAAAUUAAUCAUUGGAAAAAGGAAAAUAUACGAAAUUGGGCAGAUGCUAUAAAGGAGACAGAAAUUACAAGAGAUCCGGGAUUUCUGGAAGAAAUGAUAGCUGUCCUUAAGAGAACAAAUAUUCUUUAUUGUGGGAAUGAUCCGAGAAUGACCCAGAUUUUAGCUAUAUUACUCUUUGAGUCGACAAAAGGACAAGGUAAAUUGUUGCAAGUAUCCACAGGAGAAGGCAAAUCUACCAUAUGUGCUAUGCUCGCAAGUAUUAAAGCAUUGCAAGGAGAGUAUGUAGAUAUAAUGACAAGUUCCCCUAUUUUAGCAAAGAGAGAUGCCGAUGAGAGAAAAAGUUUCUAUGAAAUAUUGGGAAUCGAUUGUGCAUCUAAUGAAGGCGAAGAUUUGAAAACAGACUAUGUAAUAAACCGAUUACCUAGUGGUGAGAUUGAGGUAAAGAAGAAAUGCUAUCUAAACAAAAUAGUUUAUGGAGAUUUAGGUAGAUUUCAGUUUGAUUGGCUGGAACAUGAACAUAAAAAAAAUAGUACUAGAUGGAACAGAGGAUUUGGUGUAGUAAUUGUAGAUGAGGUGGAUAAUAUGAUGAUUGAUGAUAGUAACAGGACUGCAAGGUUAACAGGAUCACUAGCAGGAUUUGAAUAUUUAAAUCCGGUAUUUUGUGGAGUAGCAAAUGAGUUAAAUAGAAUAAGCAAGCAGAUUACAGAGAUAAAAGGGAAGACAGUAUAUUUGGAUGGCGAGUUCAAAGAAGAAAAAGAUAAACUUUACUUAGGAGAAAAUACAAAAAUUCAUGAAAUAGACAAUUUGUACGAAUUUUUAUCUAAAUCUUUAACAGAAUUUAUAACAAAAAUAAUAAAAGAAAAAGUAAUAGAGCUACCAGAUUUUUUAAGAGAUUUUUGGUUAAAUUCGGUAGAAGAGGUUGUGGAAUCUGCAAUUCAAAGCUGUGGUGUAUAUGAGAGGAUAGAUUAUCUAGCGGUAAAAGAUAAAGAUAAAAACUCGAAAAUUGCACCAGUUGAUUAUAACAGUACAGGAAUUGUGCAAGAGGGUAUGACGUAUUCCAAUGGAUUACAACAAAUUUUGCAAAUAAAGCAUGGACUCAAGCUUACGCCUCAAACUGUAGUUACAAGUUUUAUCUCAAAUCUGAGAUAUUUUAAAAAAUAUGGAACUAAAAUUUAUGGAAUGACUGGAACAAUUGGAUCUAAGGAGGAACAAGAUUUGCUGUCUUCGAUUUAUGAAAUAAAUUUUGGAUUUAUUCCAACAUAUAAAGUAAAACAAUUUAAAGAGAUAGAUGGAAUAGUAGCUAGUGAUAAGCAAGAAUGGUAUAUUAAUAUUGUGUAUAAUAUGAAACAGGAAAUCGAGAGAGGAAGAGCAGUACUAGUUAUUUGUAAGACAAUAGAUGAUGUAACAACACUUUAUGAUAUUUUGAAAAAUUUCAAUCAAGGAUGGAAUAUAAGAAAAUAUUCUAGAAACGAUAAUGAUAAUGAUGAAUGUUCAGCAGUAAAAGAAAAAGUUGACUCGGGGGAUAUAAUAAUUGCAACAAAUUUAGCAGGAAGAGGAACAGAUAUUAAAACAAGUACUAUGGUUGAAAAAAAUGGAGGAUUGCAUGUAAUAGUUACUUUUCUGCCAUUAAACUCGAGAGUAGAGGAACAAGCAUUUGGAAGAACAGCGAGACAGGGUGCAAAAGGAACUGCACAAUUAAUAAUCAAUAAAAUAUAUACUGAAAACCAAUUUAAUGUAUCCAAUAUUUUAAAUAAUAUAUUCGAAUUUAAGCAGUUUAGAGAUUGUAGAGAAUAUAUAAAAAUUCUAGAGUCUAAAUUGUAUAAAACAAAGGAGGUUGAAUUAAGAGAUAUAUUAUUUGAAAUAUAUUUAGAUGCCGAUAAAUACUUAAGAGAGAUAGAAAAAAAGAAGAUAGAUGAAAAAAGUAUAGAUGAAAAAGAGGAAGGUGAUAUAUAUAAAUAUAAACUGUUGCAAAUAGAAGAAAGAUGGGGUAUUGAAUUAAAAAUGUUCGAAAAAACUUUAGCUUAUGAUAUUGAGACACAAGAAAAACUAAAGAAAGUAGCAGGAAAUUUGGGGUUUAAACUAGAUGAAAAAUAUAAUACCGAUAAAAAAAUAUUUAGUUUAUACAAUGCAAUCAAUAUAAGCUUAGAGAAUAAAGCAAGUAGUGAGCAUCUGCUCUGGUUUACAGUAGGCCACUUUUUAGAUACCUUUGCUGAAAGGUAUAAUAAACAAUAUCAAUACAAUAAUAUAUUUGAUUCUAAUUUUUAUGAAAAAGUUGCAAAAAGCUUUAAUGAUCAAGAAGCGUUAAAAAGUUUAGUAUCAAUAUUAAGAAGAAAUAUAGUAAUAAUAAGCAGUAAUCAAGAAAGUGCAGAGAUUUACAAAAUAAAAGAUUCGAAAGAAACGAUUUAUUUAGGUUUAGAAGCAGGAAGUAAAAAAUAUUACAGAAAUUAUAGACCAUUAUUAAAAGAUUCAAACAAUAACAAAACUAUAAAAAACUAUCAAAUGAGAGUAACGGAUAUAAAAGCCACAAAAUAUAAAAGUAAUAUAAAUCUUUUUGAAAGAAAAGAGAUAAGAAAAUUACUGGAUAAAAUUAUAGAACAAGAGUCAGAAGAGAUAAAAAAAUGUAACCUGAUUAUAAAACAAGAGAGCAUUAGUUACUUUAGAAUGUUUUUUAAUAAAAUAAAAGAGGAAUACAAUGCCGGUUACAAAAUAAUGAAGAAUCCUGCCUAUAUGGUUCAAAUUGGAAUAAAAAAAUCAAAAUUAAAAGAAAAAAUAGAUAUAUUAGAAGGUGCAUGCAAUUUGGAAGAAAAAUUUUCGUUACCAGCAAAUUAUAAUUUGGCCCAUGCAAUAAUUGAAGAACAGGAAGAAGGUUAUAAACAAAGAGCUGUUUCUAAACUGUCAGUAGCAAAAAACCGAAUAGAUAAAAUAUUAAUACCUCAACUAGAAUAUAUGCAACUUACACUUUUAUUUGGCCAAGGUUGUGAAUUAUCAAAACAAAUCCUUAAUAAGAUAAAUAUAUUAAAAACUAUUAAAAAAAAUAUAGAAAACACAAUUAUGAAAUGUAAUAGUGAAAAUGAGAAAAACUUUAAAAUAAACAAAAUUGAUUUAGAAGAAUAUUUUAGUAAUGAAAGUUUAGAAACAGAGGUAAGAGAAUUUAAAAAUGAAGGAUUAUACUAUCUUUACGAUGUAGAAUUUGAAAUAGAUUGGUUUGGAGUAAUAUUUUUAGGACUAGCAGGAAUAGCGCAAAUAGGAAUAGGAAUACUUUGUUUAAUGAAUGGAUAUAUACGAUUAGGAACAUUUUUAGUUGGAGGAGGUAUUGAAGAUAUAAUCGAUUUACUAAUUAUAUUAAAAGGUGAUAAUAAUCUUAAUAUAGAAGAUUAUAUAAGUAAAAAGGCAAUUAGCAUACUAGCAGCACUAUUUUCAAUGGGAUUAAAAACAUUAUCAUCAAUGCUAGGUAUACCUGUAGCAAAGACACCUGGACCUUCAUCUGGCUCAGAAUCUCUUUCUUCAUUAUUAAUGGAAAUAGGGCUAACUAUAGGAAUAAAAACCACUAUACAAAAAUUAUUAGAUACUAGCGCAGAUAUUGUUAUAAAUCAAUUCAGAGAAAAAGUAAAAGAAAGUAUAUUAAAAGAAUUAAAAGUAAGUCUAGAUGAUCCAACUAUAUUAAUAUAUUUAAAUAAAUUACUAGCAAAAGAUGCAUUAUGUGAGGAGGGAGAAUUUAAUGGAAUGGCGAUGGAUACAUUAAUAAUUUUAGAAAACAAGAAAGAUAUAUUUAGAAAAUUAAUUGAUAGUGGUUUAGAAGAAAUAUUAAAAAGCAAGUUUCCAAUAUUGAAAGAAAUCUCAAUAAUUGCUAAAACUGCAGAUAUGGCAAAAACAUUAAACGGAAUAAAUAAAGUAGCAAAAGAAACAGCUAAAGAAAUAUCAAAAGUGUUUAAAAGUAAGAUAGAAAGACCAUUUAAACAAAAAAUGGAACUUGAGACAAUUUUAGAAAAGAAAUUAAAGCCAAAAAUAAAUUUAGAAGAUGCGAAAGAAAUAAUAAAGCUAUUGAAAGAAUAUGAGAUAAUAAAAGAAGAAGAGUUUGAUGAAGUCAAGGCACAAGAAAUAGGUAAUAGAGCAAAAGAAGAUCUAAUAAAAUUAUAUGAAGAACGUGCAACAAAUUUUAUUCUAGCUAAAAUAAAAACUCGAGCAUUAGGAUGCCUGACAAAUGUAAUAUCAGACAAACUAAGUGAGCAUAUAAAUGAUAAAGUAAAAGCUGGAUGGGAGAAGCUUAAAAAUAAACGAGACCAAAAAUUAAAAAAUAUACAAAAUAUAAUCUUUAAAGAAGAAAUAAACUAUUCUCAAAAAGAAGAAACAGCCGAAACAUCAAAAUUAGAUAUAACAAAAAUUAUAACAGAUAAUUUUAAAAGGACUAAAUA